AUGACUGAAAAGGACAAAGACACGUCCUUGAGGUGUCACUGGGACGGUGACUUUAGCACCUGGCCGGACUAUGUGAGAAAGGUCCGCUUGGCACUUGAAAAGACGCGACGCCGUCGACGAGCACAACUUGGACCCGACCUGGUGUCCCAGCUCUCGGGACGCGCCUGGGUCGUUACGCAGGAGAUUGACUACAAGGCCCUGACCCAGGCUAAUGGUGCUCGCUACUUGAUAUCCUUCUUGGAGGAACGCCUUGCUCGAGUUCCCAUCCCUGACGCUGGCUCUCAGGCUGAAGCUUUGCUGUUGCGGCUACGCCGUAUGCCAGGUACAUCCAUGGCAACUUGGUGCGCUCAAGUCCGAGAGCAGUACCGGAAGCUGCAACGAGCUUUGAAGCGUGCUCGAGGAGAUCUCCCUGAUUUGAAGGGUGUUGGAACUACAUCAUUGCCAUCCUCGAGGGCACGUUCAUCUCCCGAGCCAGCAGCUGAAGAAGGGACUGAAGCUGAGGAAGCUCAGCGAGCUGCUGAAGAUGAUGAAGAAGAUGGAGAGCCGCCUCCUCCGAGAUCUCCAACUCGCCACUCCUCCAAAGGUGGCAAAUCUGGCAAAGGCAAGGAGGACUACCACUCUCCUUCCCGGGGCUCCCGUUCCGACCCGUCUGACAGCGAGGAGGACCCCGAGAAUGACCACUUUUGGGACGACCUGGAUGUUGGCCUUCCUGAAGUGCUUCCCAGUGAACUGAUUGGUUGGAUCAUGCUGCGCAAGUCCUCUUUGAAUGCGGCCCAGCGUUUGAAUGUCCUCUCAAGCAUUGGCAAUUCCUUGAAGGCCGACGACAUCGAAAAGGGCUUGAGAGGAGCAGAAGACGAGCUUCGUCUUGUGGAAAAAGAGCGCGAAGGCCGUCCAAAAGGCCAUGGAAAAGGUAAGACCCGUCCGCAGUUCUGGGUCGAGUAUGAGGGCGAAUGGGGCCUCAUGCUCACUGGUGAAUGUGAAGAUGAAGACCUCCUGGAGAAUGACAUCCAUUGGCUUGGUGGUAUGUCCUAUGACCAGGUCUUUCAGACUUCAACCUGGGAGAGCUCUUCGACCUCACGACCUGAGAUUGAGGAGACCUUUGCAGCUGAUGAUGGUUUCUGGGCCUCAGAUCCUUCAAGCCCAGGAGCCUACUUGUGGUGGAACUUGGAAGCCGAUGGUGAGUAUCACCAAGAUGCCAGUGGAGCGUUCUGGUCAUGGUCAGAGGCCGAUGUUUGGAACUCUGUUCUUUGGAGCUCCCCUGAGGAAUCGAAGCCCAUUGUGGAAGCCUACGCGGCCUAUGAAGAGAAGAUCAGGUCUUUCCAGGACAGCCGCCGUGCGACCCAUGCCAAGAAUGCUUCUCGAGGCUUCUUCCCCAAGGGCAAGUUCAAAGGGAAACCAUCUUUUGGAAAGAAAGGUGGAAAAGGAAAAGGGCUUGGUUCGAGACCUUCAUCGUCGACUUCGCCUAUGGCAUCUUCACCGGUGAUGGCCAUCCAAGGUGGCGGAAAGCCGGGAUCCCCUGGCUACCAAGGCUGCUUCAUUUGUGGAGCAAAAGAUCAUGACUACCGCUCGUGUCCUCGUCGGUCACGGAGCGGCAAAGGUGGCAAGGUGUUCAUGGUGACUGAUGAGCACGAAUCUGUGGAGACCUUUGUUUGCCACCCUCUUUCACAUCCUGAGCGGCCUCUGGAGAUCAUGGUCGCUGAUGAGAUUGGUUCACCAGAGGUGGAAGGCUAUGGAGUGCUCGACACAGGAGCGACAGAGACUGUUUCAGGGUUGGCUGCCCUGGAAUGGAUCAUGCACAAACGGCACCAGUCGGGAUCUGAUGUCGAUGGAUUCCAGGUGGUUGAUGUGCCCAACAAGAUGUUCAAGUUCGGCAACGGCGUGACCCAGAAGUCUGAGAGUAUGAUUCUCUUGCCUCAGCGUUUGGGCAACCACCGCCUGUCGCUCGGCAUUUACACCUUGGAAGCUCAAGGUGUCCCUGUUUUGGUUGGCAUUCGCACGCUCACCAAACUUGGUGCGCUCAUCGACUGUGGCAGAUCUGCCAUGGUCCUGACGGCGAUUGAUGCCUCCCUCCUUGUUCCAUUGAGGAAAUCCUCUUCGGGGCAUUUGGCGAUGGACCUCAGCCAUGACUGGUUGAGUGAGGGCACCCGUAUCCUCUUCACGACCGACACUGCACCAAAGAAGUCUGAGGAAUACAUGUGCUCGCAGCCUUCUUCGUCGUCAUGUUUCAUGAUCCAUGAGUCUGAACAGUCUUCACAUGCCGCCACUUCGAGUUUGUCGGUUUUGCUUGAUGAUUUUGAGUUGGACAUGUACAAGAGUCUUCACGGGCAUGCUGCAGAUGAGUUUUUGAGUGAAUGUUUUUCAGUUCGUUUUUCUUCGACCACCUCCACUUCUUUGAGACCACCCUUGACCUCUGGAGCGAAUGAUGCUGACCUUGAGGCUCAAGAGACAUCAAUGUCGUGGAAGGCUCUGACCCUUCUGGCCUCCACCGCGGUCAACUUCGCCUUGCUGGGUAGCCAUGCCAAGAGCCACCGAGCAGCCUCCACCAAGGAGAAGAAGAAGGCUACGUCCAGCAAGGACGACAGGUACGACGAGACUCGUACGGUGCUCAGCGAUCCACGAGAUCCCAGGACCUUGGGACCACCGUGCCAUGGUCAGCACGAUCCUGCUCCAGCAUACAAAGGAUCGGUCACGGGCUCCAACGGCCAUGCAAAAUGGGUCGGCUGUGCGAAGUGCCUCCUCCGCCUGUCGUACACGCCGGCGUACGGGGCAACAGGUCUGCACAGGCAGGCCGGUCCCUUGCCGGAGGACACGAAGCACCAGAUCGAGGAACUUGGAGAGAAGGCUCCAUACAACCCCUUGUUGAAGAAUCAGGCAGUGGGCCUGGACGGAGCCGAGCGUUCCUUGCUCACCAAGCUCGAUCACAUCCGUGCUCGCAAAGCAGCGACAGGGUACUAUGCUCCUCCAACUCCGAGCACCAAUGUGACCUCCAGUCCGGGAACACCUACGGCAACAGAGAGGGCGUCCCCAGCAGAUGCAGAGGAACUCUCACAGGUGCCUGGGAGCAAAUCCCGUCGAGCUGCAGACCUUCCGGCCGAGCAGGUGGAUGUGAACAGCGAGGAGUCGGGAGGUCGCUACGACGAUGAGGACCCACCGGGUGACUUGACCUCCAAGGACGACAUCCUCAUGAAUUCGAAUAAGCUGAUCUCACCGAAUGUCAGGUUUUUGAAGAAUGCCCAGGUUCCACCGAAUGUCAAAGUCCCUCCGAACCAGUUCAAGACUGAGAAUGCCCAUGGCAUGAAGGUUGGAGAAGCAUUUGAUUCCUUCUCAGCGGACGGACUACAACCUGGUGAACCUGAAGGUGAAGAUCGCACCAUGACUCCAUUCCCACGAAAGGAGUUCGCUUUCGUGACGGAAGCUAUGAAUGAGCUGGUUGAAGAAGGUGAUAUGAUCUUCAAAGCUCAUGGCGGAAUCACGUCCCUGGAGCAAUGGGACGUCAUGGAAUUGUGUUGUGACCCCACCAGCUUGUUGACCGAGGAAGUUAUCAGGCAAGGUGGGCGAGCAGGGCGUGCUGGGUUACACAACCAAUGUGACCUGACAAAGCCUGAGGGAGUUGAGCGAACUUUGGCACUACUCCGCCAACAUCGACCACGUUGGAUUUGGGUCAGCUUUCCUUGUGGCCCUACCUCGGCAGUUCAAGCUCUCAAUGAACGCACCCCUGAAGCAAAAGUUAAGAGUGCCUACCGGAAAAGGCAUGCGAGAAAAGUUCUUCGAGGUGGACUACGAGUUCUACAAGAACACCUCUCCAUGGAUGGCGAGAUCGCCUGGGAAUGGCCAAGAUUCAACAAGGCAUGGCAACUUCCCGAAGUGGUUGCCUUUUGGGAAGCUCUUCAUCAAUGUGACCGUGCUCACGAAGUGCUUGGCGAUGGCUGUAUGUUUGGCCUCACGUCUCCAGAUGGUCCUGUGAAGAAGCCAUGGAGGUUUAUGACCACAAGAGCACGAGCCUUGGCUGGUUUGGCAAGACUUUGUGAUGGUUCGCAUCACCAUGUCCCUUGCCUUGGACAACGUGCUCGGGCCUCCGCCUACUACACCAAGCAGUUGUGCCACAUUGCUGCCAAAGGCAUGUUGGAACCCUCCGAACUCAUUGGAGGGAUUGCUGAAGUUGAGCCUGAUCCCCAGGUGUUGGAGAAGCUCACACCUCAGGAACUACAACAUCUCAUGGAGACAGUGCGCAAGCUUCAUCGUCUCUGCGGCCAUCCAAACAACCGUGCCUUGCUGAAGCUCCUACGUGCGAGAGGAGCCAGUGAAGAACUCAAAGCCGCAGCUCUACAGUUGGCUUGCCCUGAAUGUCAAGAGAGCAGAACGGCAACGCCUGCCACCAAGGUGUCUUUGGAGCGAGAGGAUACCAUUUGGAAGACACUUCAAAUGGACGCCUUCUACUUCAGGCAUGCUAAGCAGGUGCAUCACUUCCUCCUCCUGCUCGAUGAGGCUAGCUCCUUUGCCGUGGUGAGAGAGAUCAAGGUUCACCAUGAAGAUGAAUCUGAGAACAUUUCAACCCCAGAGGUCAUCACUACUCUGGAGGAAUCUUGGUGCCAGAUCUUCGGCUACCCGGCACGCAUUAGAUGUGAUGCUGAAGGGGCAUUUCGCGGCACAGCUCUCGCAAUGUGGUGCUCCGAGCGGGGCAUUGAGAUGACUCAUGUUCCUGCUGAACAUCAUGCCGCCACGGGAGCUGUUGAGAAAGCGAUUGGAGAGCUUCGCUGGAAGAUGGAAACCUUUCUCCGGAACGAGCCCAUUGAACCUCGACGUGCGGCAAGUGCGAUGGUCCAAGCUCACAACCAUGUGGUUCGCGUGGGUGGUUUUGCUCCUGCGCAAUGGGCAUUUGGGCGAUUGGAAAGCGUGUCAGUGAAUCCUGCAGCGGCAUGUUCCGAAGGAACACCUGGACACGCUAUGGCUGAAACAGAACAUCUUCACAACAAGCUCAGUGCUGAUGCUCGCAUUUCGCGAGCGAAGAACAGCCGCUCCAAGCCUGCUCGACAGUUCUUACCUGGAGAUGUUGUCUACUACCAGCGCCAUAAGGCUCACAUCGACCAGAUUCGGCACGGCAGUGAACGAGAAUUGCUGAUUGCCAACUCCUCUGGCAUGAUGGCCAUGCCAUGGACCUUUACGAUGAUGAGCACUUCACUCCAGAAGGGCGCCUUUGAGGACCUCACAACUUCGAAGGCUGAGCGAUUUGAAGCCAAAAGGAGACAAACCUUUCGCCCAUUUCAUCAAGAUGGCAAGAGGCUGAAAACAGUAAGAGAAGAGGAAGAUCCUGAUGAUCCUGCCAGCUCCUCGUCUGAAGAACUUCUUCCUGACUCGGAGGUGCACAUGGAUCCAACUUUGAAAGAAGGUAUGCACCCUGAUGAUUCAGAUGAGCUGGACAUCGAUCGCUUGCUGAACGACCCCUCCUACAUGCCACUUCAUCCUGUCGAACCUCCUGACGCUCCCAUGGAAGAAAGCAGAGCUUCUGCCGAAAAGAGCUUCCAGCAUCAGAGGAAGCGACAUGAGAUGGAGGAUAGACCACACCAUGCCAAGUUCCCGAAGAAGUACCAAGACCCUGACUUGAUUGGCUGGUGCUCCAACAUGGAGAAUGACUUCAUCCUGUCGGUGACCAUUGACGCGCCGGCCAAUGAAGAUGAGUGGAGGCAGAUCUUGAAAGAGCCAAAGAAAUUUACCUCCAAGGCAGUCAAGAAGGGCUGCGAAGAGCUUGGUGACAAGAUGAACUGUGGCCCCAAGGACACCGUCCGCCUUUUGCGAGCUGCCUACGGCCUUGUUUCAGCACCCCGUGAGUGGUAUCGCGCCGUUGCCAGUCAUGUUGACGACUUCAUUGCGGUUCGCUACGUGUUUUGCACUGGGCGCCAUAGGUGGUGCCACUUGCUCGACGACCUUCGAGCGCUACUCGGCGCUUGGACCACGGAAAAGAUCGCUUUGAGAGACCAAGGUCCCAUCGAUCGGACCGUGCGGCGUUUGGGGCUUCGUCUGCGCUCCAAAGCAACCGAAGGUAGCCGCCCUGUGGAGCGCAAGCUGAUGACACCACCAGUGUCCAAGAGUGGCCCUGGCACACCCAGUGGUCCCAGGAGCGAGAUAAAGCCAAUCAAGAAGCUUGUGACGGCCAAGACAACGGGGAAUGGAAGGCUGGAAAAGGAGGCAGAUGAGACGCUGCAGAGGCUCAACGGCUUCGAAGAGUUGUGCCGCUGCAUGCAGAAGAUGAACGCGGAACUGGGGAUCGGCAGCUUCACGGAGCGACAUGUGCAGCACUACAUGCACCGCUUUGACACCGAUGGGGACAAGUUCCUGAAUCAGGACGAGUUCCAGGAACUCUACCGGGCGCUGCUGAUCGUGAAACUGGAGGAGGUGGAACCGGUGGACCUGUCGCGGAACAUGUUCAUCAGCCGCCGCAAGGGAAAGCCGGAGGACGACUAUCGGGUGCAAGGGAUCGUGGGCGUGGGCUCCUUUGGCGUGGUGCGCAAAGUGCAGUGUCGGAGCACGGGCACCAUACGUGUCAUGAAAGUGGUGGACAAGCAAAAGGCACUCAGUGGAGGUUACCCCUUGAAACUGAUCAUGGAGGAGAUCGACAAGUUGAGGACCUUGGAUCAUCCUGCAGUGCUCCGACUCUUCGAGUAUUGUGCCGAUGAGAGAAACUUGUACUUGAUCACAGAUUUGCUCCCAGGUGGAGACUUGCUGGAUGCGGUGGAAGGCUCAUAUGGCAAAAAGAAGCACUUGGAGGAACUGAGUGCGAGGGAUAGAGCUUCCUCUCAGCAGCCAGGAGUGGCCUAUUGUCAUGCCAAAGGAGUUAUGCACAAGGACCUAAAGCUGGAGAACAUCAUGCUUUCGUCCGUCGAGCCUCCCAAGGCGGUGGUCAUCGACGUGGGCUUAGCGGAGCUCUUUCCGGUGAACGAGGCCGACAGCUUCCGCAGCGCCGACCCGGCCGGCACACUGGCCACCAUGGCGCCGGCCUGGGAGCCUGGUAGAGAAGUGGUCCGAGGCAGCUUCAACGCCAAGUGCGACGUUUGGUCUUUGGGCUGCUGUUUGUACGCGCUCUUGUGCCAUCGCCCACUCCGCCUGGAAGACAACAAGGGAGAAGGGGUGGUGGAGCAGUACGACUACUUCUACCCCUUCACGCCACCCCCUGACGAGUCCCGCCAGGAGCUAAAGGCCUACCUGGUACGGCAGAAGGAGGGUCCAGACUUCAAGCGCUUGGAAUGCUCUGCAGAAGCCAAGGAGCGGAUGGAGCUGAUUGCUAAGUUGCUGACCUUCGACAAGGACCCGCGACCUUCGAUGCGGCAAGCCCUGAGUUUUUCAUGGCUGCAGAGCUCCAAGUCUUCGGGACAGAUCAGCCACGAGCAGUUGGAGAGCUUGCUGCAGUUCCAUCGCAUCAAUCCUUUGGCACAGGCAGUCCUGUUGGAUCUCUCCUCGCAACUGCCCUUGAGGCAACUCCGAGAAAUGAUUAGCCUUUUCGAGUCCAUGGACACCGAUGGCAAUGGGAUUCUGGACGAGGCGGAGUUGGCCGAAGCCUUGAAGGCUGCAGGCCUGGCAGCGGAGUCAGCGCAGCAGGCGGCCAAGCGCUUGGCCAAGGGAUCAGGUGGCACCGUGGAGUUCUCGCGCUUCGUGGCCGCCCUGGCGCCCGCCGUGGGGCUGGUCGACGUGGAGCUCCUGCGGAGCAGCUUCAACCGUCUGGACGCGCGGAGACCCGACGUUUGGAGCGCGAUGCCACGGAGGGGGCGAAGAAUGGCCGAAGAUGGGUCCUGGGUUGGUGCUGGGUGA